AUGAAGAGAUUAUUAAAAAAUUGUGAUUAAUGUUCAAAAAAGCUUGGGACAGUGUUUUGUUAAAAUUGUUAAGCUAGAUUUUGUUAUGAUUGUGACGAGGAAGUACAUAAUUAGGAUUAAGAUCAUAAGAGAGAAAUUUGUUCAUUAUAAUGUAACUAUGUUAAAUAAGAAUAAGAAAUGAGAGAAAAUGAUAAGAUUUAAUAGAUAUAAAGAGGAGAAUCAUAGAUAUUAUUAUAGAAAUAAUAAAAUGAUUAGGAGAGAUAAGAAUAAUAGAUAGAGUUAAAAUAAGUGGAAUAAGAAAUUAAAUAAUUAGAAUAAGUUUUGAGUAUGAAAGAGAAUAAAUAGAAAAUUUAACUGGAAUAAUUAGAGAAGGAAUAUGAUGAAAAGAUAAGUAUAUUUGAAGAGAGGGUAGAGUAGAGUGAGAGUACAAUAAAAGAGAUAAAAUAAUAAUAAAAAGAGGAAGAUUAAAUAAGUGAAAUGAUGAAGAAAUUGAGAGAGUAAUUGGAGGGACAGAGGAAGUAUGAGUUUGAUAUAGGGUUGAUAGUUUAGUGGUAUAAAAGGUAGAAUAAUAGAAGUAGUAAUUAAAUGAUAAAGAAUAAUUGUUAUAGAGUUUAAUAAAGUAAGAGAAAGAUUUAUCAGGAGAGAUAAAUAAGAAAGAGGUUUUAGUAGGGAAAUUUAAAGAGUUAAUAUAAUAGUAAUAGAAAGAGAAAGAGUUAGUAAUGAUUGAGAAUGAAAAGAUAAAGAAAUAAUUAUAAGAAAUAAAAUAAAUGUUUAAAGAGAAGUUAUCUUAAUUAGGAUUGGAUGAAAAUUAUUUUAAUUUUGAAGAAGAAGGAGGAGAAGAUAAUGAAGAGGAAGUUUAAAUUUAAUAAAAUAUAGAAGAUUCAACAGAAGAAGAUGAAGGAGGAGUAUAAUGA